AGCCAGCUGAAGAGUUGCUCUAUCUAUCAUUCGAUCCUGAAACAAAAUAACAGAAGGAUCAUUAAAAGUCCAGCUUAAGGCUUUAUGGGAAACUUAUAGAACAGUGAUGGAAAUUGUAAAGUAGAAUGAGAAAUUAGAAGAUGUGUAUUUUGAAAUAUUAAAGAAAGUGAGCGAAUUUUGUUUGAAAUAUAAACGUAAGACUGAAUUUUAAUGGUUCUGCGAUUAAACAAACAGGUUAUAUAUAUUUUUGAUAGUUUUCUAGAUUUUUUUAGAUUUAAACUAAAGAGAAUUAAACAUAAAACGAAAUCCUACUCAUGUAGACUUGACAAAACCAGCUACUAUGACAAACUUGUAAAUGCCAUUUUUGAUAUUGUUAAAACAGCUAUGGCCUUAGACAUGCAAUCAGAAGCAUCCUAAACCUUAGAAACUGUUAUGGUGCUCAAGUCAAUGAGAAGAGGUAAUUUCAAAGCAUCAUAUCUAAUGCCCUAUUAUGAUUUACUUUCUUAGAUUUUUUAGAAAUCUGGGAACAGUUUAUUUUAAGCUUUUGCCUAUUAUAAUAAUUAUUUGGCAUUUAAAAAAAAGCCAGUUUAAACAUAAGAAGAAAUUAAGCGUAAAAAUGUUGAAAUUAAUGAAAAAUUAUCUCAUUUGGUUUUGUCUGUAUUGGUCAUACCAUUAUUAAGUGCUGAUUUCAAUCAAAGAGAUAGAACAACUUCUUUGUUUGAAAAAGGAAUAAAAAUACAAAGAAGAGAAGAUUUAUUAAAAAUUCUAGGAGAGAUGAAUGCUGUCAAAUUUGUUUAACCAAUAAUUUAAAAGGUUUAUCUCUUAUUAAAAAAUCAAUAAGAUUUAUUGACAGUAUCUGUUUAGGCCAAUCGAGUUUUUACUGACUUGAGGCAAAAAGAAAAAUAUUUAUUAUUUAUCCCUCUACUUGAAGAAAACCUUGUUGGAUAAGUAUUGAAAAGCAUAUCAAGAAUUUAUAGAACUAUUAAGUUAGAUCAAUUAAAAGACUUAUUGAAGUUUACUGAUUCAGAAACUAUAUUUCAAACUUUGAUAUAUAUUUCAAUUCAAUUAAGUUAAUUAAUUGCAAAGUUGAUUUUUAAUCAUAAAUUGUAUCUUUAAAUUUAAAUCAAAAUAUCAAAUGAUUAAUAAAUAUUGCCAUCAGAAUUAUAAAAUUUGUAGCCUUCAAGAACAGUUCAAGAUCCAAUUGAACAAGCUAAAAAACAACUGGAUUCUUCCAAUCUUGUCAUUUUAACUAGAUAAUAGACUCUGAAAAAUUUGAAUAGAUUGGCAGAUCCAGAUCUUGUUAAAAAGAAAUUGGAUGAGGAUAAGUAAAAAGUUAUUUAAGAAAUGAAGGAGUAAAGAAGAUAAGAUGAGUAAAGAAAAAAAUUUGAAUAAGAGAAAAUAGCUGAUAUGGAAGCAAAGAAGGCUUAAGAAAUGGCUAUUAGAUAAAAGUUAUUGCAAGAUAUGAUUAAAUUAAAAGGAGGAAAAUAUGUCACAUUUGAAAUUAAUGGAGAAAGAAAGAAAAUUGAAUUGCUAAAAGUUUACCAUUUAUUAAAUAUAGAUACAGGAAUACUUUAGGAUAUAAAUAAAAAAUUUGAGGAAGAAGCAAAGAAAGGAGCUGAUGAUAAAUAUUUGAGAACUUUUAAAAAGAACGAUUAUAUUGAAAGAGAGAAUCCAAGAUCAUAAUUAGCUGGCCUGAAGAUAAUAUUGAAGUAGCCUAAAAAAAGCAUUAAGAAUAAUAGUAUCAAGCAAACCUAAAAUUAAAAGAAAGCUUAACUGAUGCAUUUAAAUAUCAUGAUAAUUUUAGAAAUAAGUUGA